AAACCAUGAGUCUUUUUAGACUUCAGUUCAUGAUUAGGAAAUAUUGUCAACCUAACCUCAGGUGUCGAGAUGUGCAUUAUAUACAAGGUCAAUCACCUGAACCAAAAAUAAGGGAGUAUUUUUACUUUAUCGACCAUCAAGGCCAGCUCUUUCUUGAUGAUGCAAAGAUGAAAAAUUUCACUUCAUGUUUUAAAGAAAAGGAUUUCCUAGCAUUUUUCUUCAAAAGAUUAAGAUUGAAUGAAACCUCAAGAUACAGAGAAGAUUUUCCAUUUUUAUCACCUUGUGGUCGUGAACGCAAUUUUAUCCGUUGUGAUGAUAGACCUAUAGUUUAUACACACAUUCUGGAUACUCCAUCUCCAGAUGACCUUGACCUGUUAUCAUACGGAGGAGCAGGAACAUCACUGACUGUAAAAUUUGAACCUGAAAGAAUUUGUAUGUUACCUAAUACUGGGCGUGUCUAUCAUCCUGCAGCCUCUACCUUAGGUGGAAUAGGACUUGUCAAAUCAAGCAUUGCGAUUGAAAUCAGUCAGAAUUUUGAAUUUGAGAACGGUGAACAGAACCCACCAACCAAGUUCCAUUGGAAAGGAAAGACAUAUACUUUAACAAAUGAAUUAAUUGACAUCAUGGACUUAAAGGCUGAUGAAGCUCGAGACUUGUUGUAUCAAAACAAUAGUCUGAGCUAACACAAUGUUAUGUGAAUAGGUCUAUGGGACAGUCAUUUAUACCUUAUGGGAUGGGGUAUAACAAUGGACUUUCAUUAAGGUGUGAAAUUAUGUUUUAAACUGAUGUACUAUAUGUAAGUAUAUUCAUGUUAUUAAAAUAUUG